GGGCUGGUGUGACUGGACGAGGACAUUUCCGGGGACCGAAUCGUGACCGGACCGGGACCGGACCGGGACCGCUGGAACCCAACCGGGACCGAACCGGGACCGCUGGGACCAAACUGCGGCUGGUGAGACCGAACCGGGACCGAACCGUGUCUGGUGGGACAUAGCCGGUACCGAACGGUGCCCGGCGGUACCGAACGGUGCCCGGCGGUACCGAACGUGCCCGGUGGUACCGAACGUGCCCGGUGCCGUCGGGCCGCUCGGGUCCGCAUGGAGCCCGACGCGCUCGUGCAGUGCCCGUACGACCGGAGCCACCAGGUGCGCGUGUCCCGCCUGCCCUAUCACCUGGUGCGCUGCCAGCAGAACAACCCGCACGUGUCGCGCACCUUGGCCACGUGUCCCUUCAACGCGCGCCACCGCGUCCCGCGCGCGCACCUGCGCGGCCACGUCACCUCGUGCCCCGACAAACUGCCGCUCGAGCUGCCCCGAGACCCCGAGGACAAGGCCAGGACAGCCGGGGGACCCCCCCAUGCCUGGCAGCCCCCCCCGUGCCAGGAGGACUGGGACGCAGCUCGGACCCCGCUGUCCCCCCGGAGGGGCUGGCACCGAGGAAGCCGCGGCCGGCGACAGCAGCGCCGCCCUUGGGGAGAGGCGGGCCCCGCUCGGGGACAGCGCAGCCCCGGCCGGUGUCGGCGUGCGGGGCCCGGGGGGUCCCGGGGCGUCCCGGGCGAGCCCCCCCGGCUGUCAAAUAUUUCCGGAAAUAAAAUCGCUGUCCCCGAGGCGCUGGGGGUGACGGGCGACACUGGGGGUGGGGACAGUGCCACCCCCGCGGCGGGGGAAUGCGGGGACCCCCGCCCUGACUGGUGGUCCCCCCCCCCCGCGCUGGUCACUCCGGGCUGGUCGUGUCACACCCCCGGUGUCCCCUGCCACCCCCCGAGCUGUGUCCCUGUCCCCCCUGUCCCGUCCCUGUCCCCCCCCCGGUGUCCCUGUCCCGGUGUCCCUGUCACCCCUGUCCCCCCCGCUGUCCCUGUCCCCCACCAGUGUCCCUGUCCCCCCCCCGUGUCCCUGUCCUGUCCCUGUCCCCCUGUCCCGUCCCCUCCCCCCAUCCCCUUUCCCACCGUUCCUGCGCUCCCGGGAGGAAUUUUGGGCUCGGGGGGGCAAUUUUGGGGCAUCUUGCGUAAAGUCCCCCCCCCGUGCCCGGGGCACCGGGACAGGGGACCCGCCCUGGGGGGGGGGGGGGUGCCCACCUUGACCCCCCCCACCCCGAAAAUCCUCCCCAAAAAUUGUCACCGAGCGUCCCCACCCCCGGAACCCCCGGGACCCCCCCGGGACCCCCCAGGAGGGGGGAGAUCCCCACACCCCCCCCCCAAAUUCCUCCUCCUUUCUCUCCCCCCCCCCGCGCCGGGAGCUGAGCUCCGCUCGGAGCCGCCGGAUUUGGGGCGGAAAAAGUGGAAAUGGGAAUUUCUGUGUCACCGCCGCCUCCGGUGCCGCCGCCCCCCGCUCCCGCCCGCGUUUUGGGGCAAAAAAGCUCCUUUUUCUCCCUUUUUCUCCCUUUUUAUCCCUUUCCCCCCUUCCCGGGGGUUCGCCCCGCGCGGGGGGGGGGGGCCUGGAAGGUUCUGGAAUUGUGGAAAUUCCGGGAUCGCAGCUGCGGGGCGGGAUCGGGGAUUCGGGAUCGCCACCCCCGCCCCGAUCCCAACAUCUGCCGCGGGCCCGUCCCCCUCCCUGCCCUCAUCCGCUGCAUUUUCCCCCAAAAUCCCUUUCAAAUCCUGUUUUUGGGGGAAUUUUCCGCCCCCCCAGCUCCACCUGGACGCCCCCAGCGGGAUUUAUCCGCUCACCCCAUCCCAAAUCCCACCCUGCACCCCAAGUGGGAUCCCCCAAAAAACCCACACAGCCCCAGGAGGGAUUUCUUCCCAAUUUUCCCAAAUUUUUUUCCAGUUUUUCCUAUUUUUUUCCAACUUUUUCCAGUUUUUUUCCCAACUUCUUCCAACUUCUUCCAAUGUUUUCCUAUUUUUUCCCAGCUCUGCCCCCUCUCCCUGCGUGUCCCGGGCCUGGCCCGGAGUUUUUCCUGCCAGGGUGGAUCCGGGCGGGGGCUGGAAAAUCGGGAUCGCCGUCCCCGGCUGGGAAAAAACAGGCGGCUCCCGCUUUUCCACCAAUUUUUUAUGGCGAUUUUUCUUCUCCUCUCCCCUUGGAGCCUCCCCCGGGUCGGGAAUUCCCUGGGCGGGGAGGCUCUGGAAUGUUCCGGUGCCACCCCAAAUCUCUGUCACCUUUGGUGUCCCCAAAUCCCCGAGGGAAUUCUGCCCCUGGGACUUUUGGGGCGAUUUUUGGGGUUUUUGGGCUCAUCCCAUGGGGUUUUGAGGGAUUCUCCCCGGCCUGGCCUGGACAGGGAUGGAAAUCCCGGAUUUUGGGGCUGCUGGGAGCCCAAAGGCAGGGAAAACAGGGAACGCCCCAAACCCCGACAUUUCACCCCAAAAAAGAGGGGGGAGCGCCCCCAAAUCCCCUCCUGCUGCCCCAGCAGGAAAAUCCCGGAUCUGGCCCCAAAAAUGCCCCGUUGGAUCACGGGGUGACCCCGAAUGAGGAUGUGGGGACACGGGGACAGGGGGAUUUGGGGACAAGGUGACACAAGGAUUUGGGGACACAGGGACACGGGGAUUUGGGGACAUGGUGACACAGGGAUUGGGGAUAUGGGGACACGGGGAUUUGGGGUUAUGGGGACAGGGGGACACAAGGAUUUGGGGACACAAGGAUUUGGGGACAAGGUGACACGGGGAUUUGGGGACAGGGGAACACGGGGAUUUGGGGACAUGGGGAUUUGGGGACAUGGUGACACAGGGAUUUGGGGUUAUGGGGACACGGGGAUUUGGGGUUAUGGGGACACGGGGACAGCCAGCACACACGCGUGUGGCCGCUCCCUGUGCCGUGGGGUCCCGUGUCCCUGUCCCCACGUGUCCCCGGAAUGUGCAGCCACACUCACACCCCCCGGUGUCCCCCCGGUGUCCCCCCGGUGUCCCCCCCGUGUCCCCCCCGUGUCCCCCCCGGGCUGGCCCCGCUCCCGCCCCCCGGGGCCUCCAGCGCCUUUUUGGGAAGCGCCGGUGCCGGGGCCCCCCCGCGCCCCCCCCGCGCCCGCCCGGGCUCCCGGCCAGCCCCGACCCCCCCGCGCCCCCCGCCCGGGACACCGGGAGGACACCGGGGGGACACAGGGGGGACGUUGGGGGGACAUUGGGGGCACGCU